GAGAUUUUUGACCGGAUGAAAUUCAGAACCUGGGAGAAAGAAGAAAGGAAGAAAAGUUGGGCGUUGGUCGGGGAGAAGAUGAUGAAACCGCUUAGGUUUCUCUUUCUUGCGUGACAACAUAAGGUAGAACCAGAAUGGAGACGGAUGGUUCGAUUCAAACCAAAUCACCUCUACACACGUUGUUUAUCCACAUCUUCAACAUCUAAUUCAACUCCCUACCUCAAUUCCCACUUCACCUUCUUCCUUUCCAACCAAAUCCCAGACCCCAAAUCCCUCCUCCAAACCCACGCCUUCAUUAUCACAAGCGGCCACGCUAACAACCCCUUCUUAGCAUCAAAGCUCAUUUCCCUCUACGCUUCUCUCAACAAACCCACCUUUUCCUCCAAAGUUUUCCAUUCAGUUCAAUCCAAAGAUGCCUUUCUAUGGAACACUGUUAUCAAAUCCCAAUUCUCCAAUGGGUGUUACUUAAAAGCCCUUGAUUUUUACCUCCAAAUGCGAACGUCUUAUAUUCUACCAACCCAUUUCACAAUUCCUUUGGUUGUUUCUUCUAGUGCUGAGCUGUUGUUGUUGAAAAGGGGUAUGGAAAUACAUGGGUUAGUUACAAAACUUGGGUUUAUCGCGGGUAAUUCUGCAGUUGGGUCUUCGUUUAUUUACUUUUACUCGAUGUGUGGUUGUGUGGAGGAUGCGGCUCUUGUGUUCGACAAAAUGCCAAUGAGGGAUGUGGUUGCUUGGACCGCGCUUGUUAUUGGGUACGUGCAGAAUGACGAGAGUGAGAAGGGUUUGGAGCGUCUUUGUGAAAUGCAUAGGGUUCGUGGGGAUGGGGAGAGGCCAAAUUCUAGAACAUUAGAAGGUGGGUUUCAAGCUUGUGGGAAUUUGGGUGCUUUGUUAGAAGGGAAAUGCUUACAUGGAUUAGCGGUGAAGACUGGAAUUGUGUUUACAAAUGUUGUGCAAUCAUCAGUUUUGUCUAUGUAUGCUAAGUGUGGGACUCCUGGGGAAGCUUACCUUUCAUUUUGUGAAGUUGAUCAUAAGGAUCUUAUAUCAUGGACGUCAAUUAUUAGUGUUUAUUCAAGAUAUGGGUGGAGUUCCGAGUGCUUGCAUCUAUUUUGGCAAAUGCAGGUUACUGGAGUAUAUCCCGAUGGAGUUGUUAUCAGUUGUCUGCUUCGGGGGUUUGGUAAUUCAAUGAGGGUCUCCGAAGGAAAAGUUUUUCAUGGGAUAAUCUUGAGGUGCAAUUAUAUAACUGAUCAGAUGGUAAAAAAUGCCUUAUUGUCAAUGUAUUGUACGUUUGGACUUUUUUCUAUUGCAGAGAAGCUUUUUGAUAGAGUACGAGACAGGGACAAAGAGUUAUGGAAUACUAUGGUUUUUGAGUAUAGUAAGGUAGGACAGGAAUCAAGGUGCUUAGAACUGUUUACAGAAAUGCAACAUCUAGGUAUUGAAUUUGAUUCAAAUAGUCUGGUAUCUGUGGUUUCUUCGUGUUCACGAUUGGGGGCAACCCGUUUAGGUCGGUCACUUCAUUGUUACGUGAUUAAAAGUUUAAUGCAUGAGAACGUCUCCAUUGCCAAUUCGCUUAUAGACAUGUAUGGUAAAAGUGGAAACUCAGUCAUUGCAUGGAAGAUAUUCAGUCGGGCACGGAAGGAUACUGUCACAUGGAACACAUUGAUUUCAUCUUACAGUCAUAGUGGGCGUUCUACUGAUGCUUUAGGUCUCUUUGAUAAAAUGGUCUCAGCAGGCUUCAAGCCUAAUGUAGCAACACUGGUUACCAUUCUGUCUGCUUGUUCCCAUAUUGCAUCUCUAGAGAAAGGAGAACAAAUUCAUGGUUAUGCCAUGGAUGAAGGAUUUGAGCUUGAUAUAUCUCUUUCCACUGCAUUGGUUGAUAUGUAUGCAAAAUGCGGGCAGCUUGACAAAUCAAGGAAAAUCUUUGAUGCAAUUAAAGAAAAAGAUGCUAUUUCUUGGAAUGUGAUGAUCUCUGGUUAUGGAAUGCAUGGAGAUGCAGAAUCUGCAAUAGAAAUCUUCCAGCAGAUGAAACAGUCAAACGUCAGACCAAAUGAGCUUACGUUUCUUGCAGUUCUCUCUGCUUGUACUCAUGCAGGGCUUGUUGGAGAAGGGAAAUGCUUCUUUGACAGAAUGGGGGACUAUGCUCUGUCGCCAAAUCUGAAGCACUAUUCUUGUAUGGUUGAUCUCCUUGGGAGAUCAGGAAAUCUGCACGAAGCUGAAGAUUUGGUUCUUUCAAUGCCUAUAGCGCCCGAUGGGGUUAUUUGGGGUUCGUUGUUAAGUGCUUGCAAGAUACACAACAAUGCUGAGUUUGGUAUUAGGGUUGCAAAACAUGCUAUUGAAGCUGACCCAGAAAACGAGGGCUAUUAUGUGAUGAUUGCUGAUCUUUAUCUCUCUCUUGGGAGGUGGGAUGAGGCAGAAAAUGUGAGAGCAAAAAUGAAGGAAAUGGGCGUGAGAACAAGAGCAGGUUGGAGUACAGUAUAAGCAAACAAAGAGUAGGGCUUCUAUCUCCGACAACCACUGCUGCUGGUGUCAGUAUUCUCAGUUGGAUGGUUUCAAGAAUGCAACAUUGUCCUUUCCCAUCCCAAAAGUUUACUCUACCUGGAAAACGGCCAAGAAUGGCAGCUGUGAUGGGGUUGCAGGUAGGAUCACAUUUAUCUCGCAUAAGGACCCAUUUUUCCCAUCUAGUAGCCGACUAAGGGCUGCUGAUGAAGCGCCAAAAGAAGGUGAACAAUCUCAUGGCAAAGGGUCAUAAUAGGUCUCAGAUGCCAAAAUUGAUGAAGUACAAGCGAGAAAGAUGGGGAAACACUGAGCAGGGAAGGGGAAAAGAUGCAACAGAGGUGGAGAUGGAGCACAGAAGUGAAG